AUGGCCCCCUUCAAAACAGUCUUCUUCCAUUCUGUGGCGGCUGCUGUCAUGGCCUACGGCUACAGUAACCUCCGUCAGAUACCGUUUGACAUCUUCAUCCGUACUCAGAAAGGAGGGCAUAGCCAAUACUUGACGAUCAUCGGGCUAAGCAUGGCUUUCCUCUGCAUGGUCUUUGGCCUUGGACAUGACUUGCUACCAACAGUCACAGUCUUCAGAAGCAUAAAACGAAUUGUCCUCAUGGUCGCGUUGCCGGUGGCUGUGGUCGUAACCAGCGUCUAUUGGAAUCUAUAUCUCUUCGCACCGGAGAUGAUACUAAAGCCAUUGCCAGACGAGAUGAUGCCGCGGCCUGACGAGACUGUUCCCUCGUCGGCCAGCUCUGUGCCUCUGCAACGCAUCCCGCUCAGCAUUGAUUUGUCCCUGCAUGCUGCUCCGGCUCUCGCUCUCUUGACGGAUUUCUUUUUCGUUGAAAAGAAGUACUCGCGCAACCAGGCGGUCUAUGGCGGACUGCUGGCAUGCUUUGUGGCAUGCGUUACGUAUGGGUCAUGGGUCGAGUACCUUGCUCAGUUCAACGGUGCAUUUCCGUACCCGUUCCUGACUGACAAUCCGUUCAACAUCCGGGUCGCCAUUUAUGUAGUCCUGAGCAGUUUCGCGUUGGUCACUUUUUGGAUUAUGAACGCGCUUCACGCUUAG